CAGACACAUCCGUUCGUAAGCUCGCCGCCAGGAAGAAUGUGGAACGAGCAGGCUGGUGAAGGGGGCCAGCGCUUCCUGCACAGUUACAUAUUUUUUACUCAACUGGGGAAUCCCGCAGGUGGGCCGCCGCUAACGUACCUGAACCCUGGCCUGGCCUCGCAACCAGUGGAGGUAAACAAACUAUUCUUAGAAGAUUUUGCAAUUUUGCUCCCGACAGACUCCAUGAAAAAACUAUAAAAGGAUGGCCCCGCUCCACCAUUCGUCUCUUCUCAUCAACACAUUUCCACUCGCUAAUCACAAUGAAGUUCUCCUCCGCCGUUUUAUUGACCGCUUCUGCUGGUUCCGCUAUGUCUGCUGCUUUGUACAGUAACGGUACUUCCACCCACACUGACAUCCAGACCACUGUUGUCACCAUCACUUCUUGUUCCGACAACAAGUGUUCUGAGAUCCCUCAAACCACUGGUCUUACCACUGUUACUGAAAACGAAACCGUUUACACCACCUACUGCCCACUUCCAUCUACCCAAGCUCCAGCUCCAGCUCCUUCCAAGGACCACGAGCACGAGCACGGUACCAAGACUGAAACCGACAUCAAGCACACCGUGAUCACCAUCACUUCUUGUGCUGACAACAAGUGUACUGAAGUCCCACAAACCACUGGUGUCACCACUGUCACUGAAAACAACACUGUCUACACCACCUACUGCCCACUUCCAUCUACUGAAGCUCCAGCUCCAGGCCCAGCUCCAACCAAGGAAGCUCCAGCUCCAGCUCCAUCCAAGGAAGCCCCAGCUCCAGCUCCAGCUCCAUCCAAGGAAGCUCCAGCUCCAGCCCCAGCUCCAUCCAAGGAAGCUCCAGCUCCAGCUCCAUCUAAGGAAGCCCCAGCUCCAGCUCCAGCUCCUAUGUAUGUUCGUUUUGUUCAUAUUGUUUUUCGGGUUAGUAAUAAACUUACUAGGUAAUCAUUUGUCUGUAGUUGCAAUUGUCUGAAACCGCGCUGGUGGCUGCAAUGUUCGCUCCUUCGCGCGCGCUGCACCCAACGCUAAUUGUUCCUGUAAGGAGGUAUUUUUUCGCUACCAGUGCUAAGCCUAGACUCACGCGCGUAAGCCACGCGAGAAUGUGCCGCGAAUUGCAACCAGAGGGGUGCAAACAGGUUGCCCUGGGUCAAUGCACGCCACGGACACCACUC